AUGAUGAUACUACAAUCGGAAUUUACGAAAAUCGACGAUGCCCUUGACAUCUGUGUCUCCAUGGAGGAGGAUCUGAACGAGUGUCUGAAUAAUGUGGAGGCAAUGAUCCAGAGGUACAAUGCUCCCGGACGCUACACCAUAUCCAUGGAUCCCUUCGCAGAGGAUUUUCAACUGAGCACCAGCGAGUCCACGGACUUGGAUGGGUCGUCCAUAGGAAGUGGUGACUCCGAGCUGGACAUGCUAAGCCAACUCUACGGAGCCAGAAGUGCCCAGGAGUUGGAUGAAUCUUACGUCGAUGUGCGCUAUAAGUUCAUCAAGCUGAAGCGGUCAUACGAGGGUGCCUUUGCCCAUUUUCAAAGGAUCGUUGACUGUGCUGAUCGUCAACACAAGAUUUCACAUCGCAUUUUUAUGAACUCGCAGGAUAGCAAGGGGAAGCUGUGCAGGCACUAGGAAUGCAAAUUUCCUCCAACUAUUCCAUCAAACUUGCGCGCGUGUGUAAACUGCAAAUUGUGUCGACACUUGGCAGGUUUUAUUAAAAAUUACUGUCACCAUUAGUCGAGUUGGCCGAUGACUUUCAGCGAAAAAGAGGUGCAGGGGUGAACUUUCCAAAACUCAUUUGGCCUGACAUGAAAAUGAGGCAAAGUUUUUUAUCAGAGCCUCAGUUUUUCUUGCGACA